AUGGCAUCACCAAGCACAGACAAACAACGAGCAGAGCCUCAGCCAAUUUUUACCGAUGAAAAGGCGGACCGUGGUUCGUCUUCCCCGACCCUCUACGACGAGGACGAAAAUGACAACGCAACAAGCCCGGUGGAUACCGUGCCAAAAGAUGGUGCCGAGGAAUAUGUGUCUGGGUGGAAGCUAAUCAGCUUGAUGAUUUCCAUUACGAUGGCAGCGUUUCUGAUGCUUUUGGACAUGUCUAUUAUUACCACGGCCAUCCCUCGCAUCACUGAACAGUUCCAUUCGUUGGAUGACAUUGGCUGGUAUGGUGCAUCAUACAAUCUCGCUAGUGCUGCGCUUCAGCCUCUCUCUGGCAAGUUAUAUACCUACUUCAAGUCGAAGUGGCUUUUCUUGGGCUUCCUCUUUAUAUUUGAGGUUGGAUGUCUUAUUUGCGGAGUUGCAACCUCGUCUAUCAUGUUGAUCAUUGGCCGAACUGUUGCAGGAAUGGGAUCUUCCGGUAUCCAGAAUGGAGCGUUCACUAUAAUCGCUGCCUCGACGCCGCUGGAGAAGCGACCUGCUCUGGUGGGCGUGUUAAUGGCUGGUGCUCAGCUUGGACUUGUUAUCGGGCCGUUGGUUGGCGGAGCUCUGACGGAGUACACAACCUGGCGAUGGUGCUUUUACAUCAACCUCCCCAUCGGAGCCCUGUGCACCGUCUUGAUUCUGCUAGUCGAUGUCCCCGAUCGUGUCGUUCAUACAGAUGAGCCCAUCAUCAAGACUUUGAGGACAAAGCUCGAUCUGACAGGCUUCGUCAUCUUCGCCCCUUGCACCAUCAUGUUUCUCCUAGCCCUCCAGUGGGGCGGUCUCGACUACUCGUGGGAUUCAGCGACAGUCAUUGGACUAUUCUGUGGCGGCGGUGCGACUCUCUUCAUCUUCAUUCUCUGGGAAUACCGCGUUGGUGAUGGCGCCAUGAUUCCUCUUCCUGUUGUUCGAAAGAGAGAAGUCUGGACUUCAUGCUUAACCAUGAUGUUCCUCUUCACCUCUGUCUUCGUGGCCUCAUACUACCUCCCCAUCUAUUUCCAGUCCGUCAAGGGGGAUACGCCUUUCCAGAGCGGCGUCAACCUACUUCCCAGCAUUCUCAGCCAGAUCGUGGCUGCGGUCUUCAUUGGUGUUAUUGGUAGCGCGGCGGUCCUCGCGAUUGCAAGUGGUCUUCUCACGACCCUUUCGCCACACACAUCAACCGCCAAGUGGGCAGGAUUCCAGGUUCUCCUAGGAUUUGGUCGAGGCAUCGGAAUGCAGAUGCCCAUAAUCGCAAUUCAAGCUUCCACGCCCCCUGCACUGACCUCCAUUGCCACGGCGGUUCUUGUCUUUUCCCAGACCUUCGGAGGGGCGGUGUUUGUCUCCAUCGCGAACGUCAUUUUCAACAACAAACUCAAGGGUGAACUUACAGCUCGCCUUCCACACAUUGAUGCCAAUAUGAUCAUUGAGGCUGGUGCUACGGCGGCCCUGGCGGCCUAUGCGAAGGGCGUAGAUUUUGUAUUCUACCUUUCCGUGGCCGCAGGGUGUGCCAUGUUCCUGACCUCCUGGGGCAUGGGGUGGAAGGAUAUUCGGAAGAAGGAUUAUCCACUUCGAGAUAAUAUGAAUCGGCCUCGAAAUCGCCAACAAAAACCUCCGCGGCAGAACCAACGUGGCCCGCCUCGUGGAGGCAGAGGCGCCCCAUCAACUCCUCAGCAGGCUACCGGCACAGUUCCAACGGUCCAGCAAGUCGUACCCGGCGCGUGCGUCUUCAUAAUCCUAAAGGAAGACCAGCCAACAGGCGAGGAAACGAAGGGCAUCGUGCAGGACCUCCUCACAAGGGGAAACCACCCGCGCGGAAUCAAGGUGCGACUUCAGGAUGGCCAGGUGGGACGGGUGCAGCGGAUGGGCGAGGGGAGCGCACCUACGGCGAGAAGUGCUCCCGCAACGGCAGGGAGUGCUGGACCUGCGGCAUCAUCUUCGAGGUUUUCAAACAGGUAUACGGAUGUGAGGUACGACGAGGAAUUUCCUGAGUGUCCGCCACCAAGGGGUUUGGCGGAUUUCAUGCCAGAGUUGGAUUCGCCACCACGAGCUUCACCUGGAGGCGGAGAUGUUGCGUCUAGUGUGGUGACGGUAAAUUGUCCGUUCUGUGAAGAGUUUGAAGGAGACGAAGUCGCGACUACCCACCAUAUCGAACAGAAGCACUUGACGUGA